AUGUCGGCCGAGAUGGGUGGGGAAAAUGCAGGUUUCAGGGAGAAUUCGUGGCUGCUGCGCGUGGUCAACUUUGACAACCUCACAUACCGAGACAUCAUCGUGCCUCCGUCUUUGAUAGCUCUUGCCAACCAUCGGAAACCUAUAUCCUGCUGCAUUGGUUGUAUCCUGUCUCUGGCGAGUUUGUCGACGGCACAGACCGUUUCUGUACACGGCGAGACUCGGGAUAUCAACGCGGAUGCAUCAAACCGCGCAGAUUUACCACUGUGUGUCUUUGCAAGUCGGCGAGCGGCAAGUAAAAUCAGUAGGGCCACAGGGCAUACGGAAGAAACGCCCGGUGCGGCAGACGGGCUAACUCCCGGAGGUCACACUUCUCCCUCACAUUUUAGGAACACUGCUGGCUCACCAAGCGGCGCAACGGCUAGCUUUGCCAGAGACUACACUGUCGUAUACGGGGGACGCGUAAUCUACUGCGGAUCAGGGAUGCCGCAAGAACCAGCGACGGACUCAAGUAUUCACAAUCGAGUUCAGCCGCUGUCAACCAACGCCCUAUCCCGAUCGCGUAAAGUACCAAGAAGCAGGUUAGAAGUGGAGCAGCUGCCUCAGGCGGAACAGCAGGUAUGUUCCGCAGUACCCAGUCGGCAGAGCUGGCGGAAGCGAGUAGGCGCGAGCACGUCUCACCCGUCUUGUGCACAAAUCUUGUCGCAAGACCGGAGUGCGGAAUCUGAGGCGCCUUCUGCCGCACAAUCAGAGUUCACGCAGUAUGGUACCAGAUGCAAGGAUGGCUCAACUGAAACAAGAUUAUCGAGCCGGUCCGGUUGUGGCGUGUCUCACAUUUCCGAAUCCGGGUCAACUCGAGCUCAGGUUUGGGGUUUCUCACGAGAUUACCGUGAUUCUGUCCAGGACGAAGGAGAAUUGAUUUCCGGGAUUACGGGGGGAAGAACAAAAAGCGGAGUAGCAUGCACCCCGAGUCACGUGAGUGCGUAUCCGGUGAGGCACAUCAAGUUCCCUUUGGAAACCCGGGGGAAAAGGGCGGAAAGCAGCAGGGUAAGAGCAGGAGCGGUCGACUCGUCUACAGGCAGGGUUGUGACUCUGUACGUCGGCGCAACUGACUACUCCAACAGUGGUGAGCAUACUAAUUUCCUAGCUGGUGUUGUUCACAGGCUGCAGACCCUCAAGCGUCAACAGCAGGUAAUCGUGGAACGGCUCAGAAGCAAGGCGGAAGCUCGAGACGGGGACACUAGUUGUCUCGUACGCGGAGGGGCUUCAGCUGUGGCAGCGCUAUAUCCAAAGAGGAUCCAUUCGGCGGACGGGAAACAGCCGGAUGCGCCGGAUCUACUGUCCUGCGAGGACCAGACCCGGUUCGUUUGCCAAGCGAGAGCUGCAGCGCUCGCCUGGAUGGUUUCGACAUACAGUGAUCUGAUACAUGCUUUCUUUGCAUGCCUGCUUCCGUCGGUAGCAAACGACGCUGUUUCCAUUUUGCCGAGAACGUCAACAAAAUCGCUCCGCCUCUCGCGCGAUGCUCCCCGGAACAAACGUGAGGAGAGUUGUGCCCCGGUCGAUGCCACCGGAGCAGCUACGCAACCCGUGUUUCACGAUAGUGCCGGAUCGGUCACCAGUCCUGUCGAUGCUCGGCGCAACGAAAACGUACCGUCGGCCGGCUUUCUUCCACCGAUCCUUACUGGAACGUCCUGGAUGAGUCACCGCGUCACGACAGCUGAGGUUGCGUCGUCCACCCGCCGGCCUUUUUGGUAUUCACACUCUGGAUGCGGCGAUGCACAGUCUGAGGUUGGCGAACCCUUGAAAGCGACCUUGCUAUUCCUUAACCGUGGCGAAGGGGUCGUGGAUUGUUCUCGUGGAACCAUUCCUUCUCACUCCUCCCUUCGACUCCCCGUAGCUCUCGAAUUUGCUCCAGUCAGACGUCCUCAUAGGUUGGUGCUGCCACCUUCUCGAAGACCGGCAAGGACGUGCUGGCAGCCAGUAGCGAAAGCUCUCGGACAGCUAGCAUCUGCCUCACGCCAAGGUCACCAGCUGUCGAUCAAGUUGCCAGUGGAGUGCGGAACAUCACAGGAAUGUAACUCUGACUAUGCUGUGUGCUAUCAGCGAUUUCAGAAAGGAUGUUCAUAUUUUCCCGACCGUCCACCAUCUCUUUUCUCCUUGUGCGUGGACAGCUGGAGCCGGAUGCUCAUUGCUGUUUUACCCCAAGUCUUCGAGUUUCUGCGCUCAGCAAUGAACGGACAGCUCCUGUGCUCGCUCAUCGACUGGUCGCGACUGCAGCGGCCACCACGUGUUGUCCUGACGUUCCUCCUGGUCGCCUCAAGCUCCGAGCACAGUGCCUUGCAGGUAGACCCGCACGGCGCGUAUCUCCCCCAACCUCGAACCUCCUCGUGGGAAGGUAAUCUAGCUGCCACACUUUCAGCCAUCGAUAACUCGUCUGGGUUGUACUGGUCAUGGGAAGCUGCGCAACGGGAAUGUCAGGCGUCCCAGGAGGAAGCAGCCCGAAAUAGUGCCGGGUCAAGUACACGCAAAAACUGGAGUUUGCCGCUCGACGAUGUGUUGCCUUUCCGACAGCGCUUCCCCUUCAUUGAUAUGUUGCUCCAUCGCGUGUAUGACGUUGAGCAUCUGUUCCCCUCUUUACCAUAUUUGUCGGCGGAGGUGCUGAUGGCAGUAUUCUGUUCGCGGACAAUCAAUAGGAUAGAUACGGAGCAACGCAUGGUUUCUCUCUUUAAGUCGUGGCAGCAGAUUCAAACGUUCAAGAGACGAGUUUGCCAGAGUAGACGUCAAUGCGGGAGCAGUUCGGCCUCAAGACUCCGGUGGCCUGCUUCCGGGUACGACACAAAGGGGACACCGUCACGCGUGUACAUUCGCGGUCAGGCAGCACUGAUGGAAGCCGACUCUCAGCUCCCAGACACUCCAAGCAUGAAUUGCCUCCCUGGGAAAAGGACUGGAAUGUUCAAGACAGCUCGUUCACAUGCUUCGAGGUUUGAUGGGAGCGAACAAAGUAGUGGGAUGACCGUACCGCUUGAGAAAAAUGCGAGAGCCUGGCGGUCUCUCCCAGAUGUUUGUCUGCCGCUGGAGCGCUCAGGGUGGCUUUCAAACGUUCCAGGAAAAUCUCCGCUUCCUUUGCCGAGUUGCCCCGGAUCGGACGGAGACAGCGGAAGUAGAACAACGCGCCAACGAAUGAGGUCUGAGGCCGCGCCAUGGCUUCAUCUGUUUUCUUGCGACAGACCAAUGGCGGCGCCUUGGUCUCCCGCCGAGGAUGGAGCGUUUUUCCUGCCACGUCGCUUGGCUCUGUCCCGGCCAUGCAAAGCGGCUACAACGUGCCAAAAUACAGACUCAUGUCUUAUUGACAAUCGACUCGGGCUUGUUUGCGAGCAGGAAAUGCAUUGUGAUCCAGGAGGCGAGAAGGCAAGAGACUCCCUCGCCUCUGAGGGAACUGGACUGGAUGAAUUGUUGAGACCACGAAUGCUGCUAGGUGCACGUCACCUUCGAAGAGGACCACGAUACCCUGCCUCGAACACCGUGUCCACUCCGGCAGGUAGUCGCUUCGUCUACAGCCCAGAGGCGCCUCUUUCGACGUAUUUCAACGCAGGAGAGAUUCUUGUUUGGCUUCACAAAAGGUGGCGGCUGGUCUUUAUUCGUCGAAAACGCGUGCUGCCCAAGGAUGGAAGCAAGGGUGGUGUCAAACAGGUAACAGGAGACAAUACUGCAGCAGAUUGCAGAGAUGGUUGUUCUUUCACGCUGUCGGGUCCCAGCCAUGAAGACUAUAAUGCUGCAGAAGCGCCUUCACAUGCUCAGGCUGCAGUUGGCCGUCGGGCGUUUACUGAUGAAAUGUCCCUUCCUUCCGACGUGCGCGAACCCAGUGGUGACGGUUUCGUCAGCGAAUCUACCCAUGGAACCACCGAAAGUGUCGCCGCGGACAGCACACAAUCACAGGCCAGUCGCCUGGCACCAACUCUCAGGGCUUCCUCGGGCUUCCCAGCUGUUGGGGGCAAUGGGACACGAGACGCAGCAGUUUCGCUUCCUUGCGGCAACACACGUAGGGCGGCAAGAGUCCGUGAAUGCCCGCAAAGACCAGAGCGGCAGCAUACCCCAUCGCCUCAAGGUGACGCAUCAAAUGAAUCGACAGCGACAGGGGAACCUAACUCUCUGGGUGAAAAUGAACACAGCAGGGACUGGGGUUGUUCGCCACAUGCACGGCGAGCACCCAGCGUGCAAGGGGACUGCCUCGAGCGCCCCGGGCGCUGGGCCGGGAGUAAUACUGACGAGACCAGUAGAAGCGGUAUGCAUCGGUCAGAAUCUCCAGUAAGCUUGGGUGAUUUAUCGCACAUCUCCCUCAGUGAUCUACCUGAUCCUCUUCCUCCAUCCGCAGAACGUCACGGAGGCGCACCCGUUCCAAAGCCAUCAAAACAGCGGCGUUUUGUCAAUCGCCUCGUGUACGCGUCUGACGCUAGGUGGCUUGAGGUUCUGAGCAAAGGACCGCAACACUGCAGGCCUGAGCAGCAGGUGAGAAGUCUUCUCUUGUUUCCCUCCCACCAACGCUUAAGACGAUCGAGUAAGCAAGUCUAUGUGCAUGGCUGCACAACAGCAGAGAGGAACGAAGCAACUCAAAUGGCGCGUCUGAGUGGUUGUAAACAUGUCAUACCACGACAAUAG